UCAUUGGGUGAUUGUCAUUGGGGCUUCACAUAUGGCUCAACCUGACACCUAAUUAAAAUAAGGCACUUUAAUGUCAGCUGAAUAUAAUGACCUGUCACUGUGUCAGUCACCAAGCUAAACUUUUUACAGGCACUAGCUCCUGAAUUCUUAAAAUAGCUCUCAGAGGUGGGGACUAUAAUUAUCCUCAUUUCACCAAUGAGGAAGUUGACUCUCUGAGGGGUGAAUGACUUGCCCAAGGCCACACACCUGGUGACACAGGUGGACUUUGAACCCAGGCAGGCUGAGUACCCAGCUAAUAGUACACUUGAAUCCCAGAAUGCGAGAGAACCGAAGUUUGGAGGUAGAGGAGCAGGCGAGCGGUUUGCCCGGGCGCAGAGCAUGAAGGCCGGGCGGGCGCGGGGAGCGGGCGCCCGCCGCCCGGCGCGGGGGUGAGCGAGAGAGAGAGCGGAGCGCGUGUGGCCGGCGCCGCUCGGCCGGGAGCUCCCGCGCCCGCGCCCCGCGCCCCGCGCCCGCCGCCGCCGCCGCCGCCCCUGGUGCGAUGGCGCAGAAACCCCGUUGACAAGGCACUGCUUUUUCAUGACGUUCCCAAAAGUCCUGAUGUGCUGGUACCCCACGCAUGCCCUAAGUAGCUCCACGUUGGAGUCCCCAGAAGCAGAUCUCACACCAGCUGCUCCCUGUAGGGCCAGCUCAGGAUGCUAUCUUUUGUUGUCAUGGAUGAUGAUGAUGACUCGUGUCUCCUUGAUCUUAUUGGAGACCCACAAGCAUUGAACUAUUUUCUGCACGGACCUAGUAAUAAAUCUAGCAACGAUGACUUGACUAACACAGGAUACCCUGCAGCCAAUUCAAAUUCAAUAUUUGCCAACUCUAGUAAUGCUGACCCUAAGUCGUCCCUCAAAGGUGUGAGCAACCAGCUUGGAGAAGGGCCCAGUGAUGGACUGCCACUUUCAAGUAGCCUUCAGUUUCUUGAAGAUGAACUUGAGUCUUCUCCUCUUCCCGAUCUCAGUGAGGACCAACCUUUCGACAUUCUCCAGAAAUCCCUGCAGGAGGCCAAUAUCACAGAACAGACAUUGGCAGAAGAGGCAUACUUGGAUGCCAGUAUAGGUUCGAGCCAGCAGUUUGCACAAGCUCAGCUUCACCCUUCUUCAUCAGCAUCCUUUACUCAGGCUUCUAAUGUUUCUAAUUACUCAGGUCAGACGCUGCAGCCUAUCGGGGUGACGCAUGUGCCUGUUGGAGCAUCGUUUGCCAGCAAUACGGUGGGUGUGCAGCAUGGCUUCAUGCAGCACGUGGGCAUCAGUGUUCCCAGCCAGCACCUGUCUAACAGCAAUCAAAUUAGUGGUUCUGGUCAAAUACAAUUAAUUGGGUCGUUUGCUAAUCAACCUUCCAUGAUGACUAUUAAUAACCUAGAUGGAUCUCAAAUCAUAUUGAAGGGCAGUGGGCAGCAGGCCCCCUCCAAUGUGAGUGGCGGGCUUCUGGUUCACAGACAGACUCCGAACGGCAACUCCUUGUUUGGGAACUCCAGCUCCAGCCCAGUAGCACAGCCCGUCACUGUUCCAUUUAACAGCACAAACUUUCAAACCUCUUUACCUGUACAUAACAUCAUCAUACAAAGGGGUCUCGCACCAAAUUCAAAUAAAGUUCCAGUGAACAUCCAGCCAAAGCCGAUCCAGAUGGGCCAGCAGAGCACAUAUAAUGUAAACAAUCUGGGAAUUCAGCAGCACCAUGUACAACAAGGGAUCUCUUUUGCCUCUGCAAACUCACCCCAGGGCUCUGGAGUUGGUCCACACAUGUCUGUGAACAUCGUCAACCAACAGAACACAAGAAAGCCGGUCACCUCACAGGCUGUGAGCAGCACUGGGGGCAGCAUUGUGAUCCAUUCCCCCAUGGGCCAGCCUCACGCACCCCAAAGUCAGUUCCUCAUCCCUACAAGCCUUUCCGUCAGUUCCAACUCGGUCCACCAUGUCCAGACUAUAAAUGGGCAAUUGGUUCAGACUCAACCCUCCCAGCUCCUUUCUGGCCCAGUGGCCUCAGAGCAUGUCAUGUUGAACAGGACUUCUUCCAACAUGCUCAGGACCAACCAACCAUACUCCGGACAGAUGCUUAACAACCAGAAUGCAGCCGUCCAGCUUGUAUCCGGUCAGACGUUUGCCACGUCUGCAAGUCCAGUCAUUGUCAAUCACGCCUCUCCUCAGAUCGUGGGAGGACAGAUGCCCUUGCAGCAGGCCUCGCCGACUGUGCUACACCUGUCGCCUGGGCAGAGCAACGUUUCCCAAGGAAGACCCGGCUUCACCACCAUGGCUUCGGCCACGAGCAUGUCGGGACCUAGUCGGUUCCCUGCUGUCAGCUCGGCCAGCACUGCUCAUCCCAGUGUGGGUUCUGCAGUGCAGUCGGCGGCAUCAGGAUCGAACUUCACAGGGGAUCAGCUGCCCCAGCCAAACCGGACUCCUGUACCAGUCAGCGUGUCUCACCGUCUUCCGGUUUCUUCUUCCAAGCCUACCAGCACCUUCAGUACCACGCCAGGAACGGGAAGCCAGCAGCAGUUCUUCUGCCAGGUGGACGGUCAUUCAGGAGCACAGAAAAGGCCUGCUGCCAAACAGCUCACUAAAGGAGCCUUCAUCCUCCAGCAGUUACAGAGGGACCAAGCCCACGCUGUGACUCCCGACAAAAGCCAGUUCCGGUCGCUAAGUGACGCAGUACAGAGGCUGCUCUCCUACCACGUGUGCCAGGGUUCCAUGCCGACAGAGGAAGACCUGACAAAAGUGGACAAUGAAUUUGAAACAGUGGCCACCCAGCUCCUCAAGAGGACCCAAGCUAUGCUCAACAAGUACAGGUUCCUGCUGCUCGAAGAUGCCAUGCGGAUCAACCCCUCUGCAGAGAUGGUGAUGAUCGAUCGAAUGUUCAACCAGGAGGAAAGGGCGUCCCUGUCCCGAGACAAGCGUCUGGCACUCGUGGACCCCGAGGGUUUCCAAGCCGACUUCUGCUGCGCCUUCCAGCCUGACCAGGCUGCUCGCGAGCCCCAGCCCUGCAGGAGCGAGCCGCACGGCAGCCGAUCUGCCAGCUCCGCGCACCCGACGGCCAGGGCGCACUGCAGGGACCGAGCCAAAGCCGGCGCGGCCGAGCCGGCGACUCCGGACCAGUUUCCUCUAGUGCCUAAUCACAUCGUGGUCUCCGCGGAAGGAAACAUUUCCAAAAAAUCCGAAGGCCUCGGCCGAGCCCUAAAGUUGGACAAAGCGGGCUCGGUUCCGUACCGGAGCCCUGCAGACGAGAAAGCCGCCCAGAGAGAGCCCACCAAGACCCGCGAGGGCUCGCCAGGCCCCGAGGGGCUCCACCGACCAUCCUGCAGGCCGGAGCUCGCUGGCGUCCUGGGAGAGCCGCCCGCCGAGUCUCCGGGGAGCAAUUCCUUCCCGGACAGAACCUUGAGGCGUUCCCCGCAGAGCGAUGCGCUGCACACGGACAUCCUGAAAGGGUCCGGUGAGCCGCAGCCGGAGCUGCAGCUCACCAAGAGCCUGGAGACGACGUUUAAAAAUAUCUUGGAACUGAAAAAGGCCAGCCGGCAACCCCAGAGCGAGCCCGCCGCCGGCAGCGGCUCGGUCGACUUAGAUUUCCCCAACUUCUCCCCGAUGGCCUCGCAGGACAACUGCCUGGAAAAGUUCAUCCCGGACCACAGCGAGGGCGUGGUGGAAACUGACUCCAUUUUAGAAGCAGCUGUAAAUAGUAUCCUAGAGUGUUAAUAGCAACCGCACCCCCUGCCCCCACCUGCCGCCAGCCCCGGAGUUCUUCCCUCCCUGACAAGCGGAUGGAAUGGCCCUGUCUGCAGCCCGCUCCAUCUGUCAUCACGCCUCGUUCUCUCAGCCUGUUCCGUGUUGAAGAGCAAUACUCCGCGGUCACAAGGAGCCCCUCUAGCGAAACUAACCCUCCUUAGCAAGCAGUCUGACAGGCCCGACACCUUGCGAGUGUUAGCCAAGUGCUUAUGGUCAUUUUUAAAAUUUGUUUUAAAAUUAUUAUUUUUUUAACCACUGUAACUCAAUGAAACCACAGUAUGCCUGACCCUGGGUAAGAUUCUGACAAUCAUAAGUCAUUUGAAAAAUAGAAUUAUUAAAGAAAAUCAAAGAGGA